UCUUGUAAUAACAACAGAAUGCCAUGGCGGACAGGUUGUCGGUGCCAGUGCGCCCGAUAAACAUGAGAGAUUCUAGUAACUUAAGCGAGUCUCCCACGGAAUUAUGUGACGAUUGUCUGCAGGGAACUAAGGAUGAACUCGAACCAGGAUAUAUCGAGGAUAGAUUCCGCGUUGACAGGAAAAAGUUGGAGCAAAUGCUCCAAGGUCACCUGGAUGAAGAUGAAGAAUCAGCUGAGGAGUUCUUUCAGCGGAUUAUGGAUGAAACUAAUACUCAGAUAACUUGGCCCUCCAAACUCAAGAUCGGUGCCAAGUCUAAGAAGGACCCACACAUAAAGGUGAUAGGAAACCCAGACGAAGUAAAGGCUGCCAAGGAUAGCAUCAUGACUAUCCUCGACACAAAGAGUAACCGUGUGACCUUAAAGAUGGAUGUAUCACACACAGACCACUCCCACGUAAUAGGCAAGGGAGGUAACAACAUCAAGAGAGUGAUGCAGGAGACAGGCUGUCACAUCCACUUUCCAGAUUCAAACAGAGGCAACAAUGUACAGGAGAAAAGUAACCAGGUAUCUAUAGCAGGACAACCAGCAGGAGUAGAAUCUGCUCGGGCACAAAUUAGGGAACUGUUGCCGUUGGUGUUUAUGUUUGAGUUACCAGUGUCGGGAGUCCUGCAGCCUCUCCCUGACGCCUCGUCACCAACCAUUCAGCAGCUGCAGCAGCAGUACAAUGUCGCCAUCAGCUUCCGCCAGCGACCUCGUGUCUAUGCAACAACGGUGAUUGUAAGGGGCUCUGUAUGUAAUGCCAAGUCGGUGAAGGAGGGCACAGCUAGUCUUAUGGAGCACCUAACAAGCAAUGUGUCUGCACAACUGCCGGUCAGUAUGCAGCUAGAAAUUGCCCCACAGCACCACUUGUUCAUCAUAGGCCGAGGUGGUAUGAAUGUUAAGCAGAUUAUGACAAGGACAGGUGCGAGUAUCCACUUUCCAGACCCCACCACUGUGACGCCCCAGAGAAAGGGAACCUUUUAUAUCACUGGUAACAUAGAGAGUGUAUUCCUGGCACGCCAACAUCUCAUCGGUUGUCUACCCCUGGUCCUUAUGUUUGAUGUAAAAGAUGAGAUAGACAUGGAUCAAGCUCGCAUAACACAGCUGAUGGAGCAGCUGGAUGUGUUCAUCAGUGUCAAACCUAAACCCAAACAACCAAGCAAGUCUGUGAUUGUGAAGAGUAUAGAGAGGAAUGCCCCCAACAUGUACCUGGCCCGUCUGACAAUGCUAGGACUGAAAAGGGAUGACAAAGCUUACCCUCUCAGUAAGGCUGUGGAUUCAGACACAGGCAUCCUUCAGAACAAUGGACUCGGACUCUCAACUCUCGUGAUAGCCACCACAGCCAGUAGUACCAACAGUCCGAGCCGCAGUCCGUGUGAAAGUCCCAUCAGUAUAGGACAAAGUGCCUCCCCAGUUGACCUAGCUAGCCUACAGAAAGCCAAUGCUUUUGGUAAUUUGAUCACACGAGAGACAUCACCAACGGGAAGCUGUCAUACUCUGGACCUGCUUGGACUUAGUAAGACUGUGGGCAGUCACUCACCACUCUUUAGGGACAAUGGUAUGGGACGACCCAUCCUAGACAACAACCUAUCACCCCUACAAAAUGGUGAGCGAUCAUCAGAGUCAGGAGCAGAAUCUGAUGGUUCAGAUAAAUUAGCCCCGGGCAUAGAACGCAAAAACUCCAAUGCAAACCUAUUCCCUACAUGGAAUAUGAACACCGACUAUGAACAGAGGAAACUCAUGGCCAACAAAGCUAUGCAGAAGAAACCGGAGGGCGAGUCUAGAAUUCCCACCGACUAUUGGGCAGGUAUGGGCUUCUCCAAGUCCAUGCCUGAGUCAGCCAUCAGGGAAAAGUUUGGCAAGCGUUUCGAGACUAACCAGUACACAGAGCCAUCCAUGGCCACCACAUAUGAGUCACCCAAUGAGGGAUGUGAAGAGGAGGAAAUAGACAGAGACCCAUGGAGGGACUCGGUACAGCAGACAAACAAACCUAUGAAUCCUGCACCAGGGGAGUAUCCGAGCCCUCGCAAGAAGUAUGAGGUAUCACUGAGCAGCAGUAACUAUGUGGACAGUGCCUGUCUGCCAUCUGUCAAGAAUCUCUGGGCAGUCAAAACAGACAUCGCAGAACUGUUCAGUAAACUAGGACUAGGGAAAUACACAGACUUAUUCCAACAACAGGAAAUUGACCUUGCGACGUUCCUUACUUUGACUGACCAAGAUCUGAGGGAACUGGGUAUUUCAACAUUUGGCGCUCGCAGAAAGAUGCUACUAGCCAUAGCAGAUUUGAACAAAGGUCGGGCUGUAAUGAACUCCGAUAAGAUGCCUAACCAUACAUCAGAGAAGGUCCCUCCAGGGUUUGCCCCUCGCCACAACAACAACAUCCCUGGUACACACACAGACACCAACCACCCCCUCCUGGCUGCCCGAUCAAUGACCGGUCACCGUAGCUCCUAUGCAGACAGCGAGGGUCCAGUAUUCCCACAGCGCGCCAUCACUGGGAAGCAGUUCUCUGAUAGCGAGGGAUCCAAUCUUCACACUGGUAUAGCCUUACACAAUUCCAGCUCUAGUCUCAGGAGCUCCGGGGCAGGGCUUCAUGGCUCAGGAAUGGGACUGCAGCACACAAGUCCCCUCGGGGGCCUCCAUCACAGUGGGCCACUCCACAGCUCCACCUCCAACUUACAUGGGUCUGGUCACCUGAAUAGGAACACUGCACACUUCAUGGAUGGCAGUGUUCCUCGACAGAUCACUGGGGGAUUCUCCAGCAGUGGUGUGUUCUCUUCAGAGGGUUUUGGACAGGGUCUUACUGGCCGUCAGAUCACACGGGGACUGAGCUCUAGUUUUCAAGACAGCAGUAGUCUGUCUCUUCAACAGCUGGCCAAUGCCUCUACGAGCAGUAGUCCCUUCAUAGACACCACGUCGACACGCCCCGUCCAGCGAAACUCGCGCUCAGACCUUGCUAAUCUCAGUGCACGCUGGUGAUCACGCCAACAACAGACACAAAUCUUACUAGUUAAUGACUACUGGUUACUCAUAAAACGGGAAAAAUAAAGACUGCCUUAUUACAAAUAUUAUUCUAGAGGUAAGGAUGUAUUUCAAAUACAUCAAUAAUCCUUAAUGCUCCCAUGGAGAGUAUAUUACCCAUUUUUUUUUCGAUUGCUCAGGGUAACUUUUUCUUGAUAUAUUAUUAUUAAACAGAGAUAAUUCCGUUGAAAACCUCAACAAUUUUCCAGAAACAUCUUGCAGUCUUACAAAGUAUGUAAUCAAUAAUUUCUCAUUGAAUUGAACGAAUUAGUAAGUACUGAAUGGAUGUUUCCUCCCGUCAAACUUUGUAGAAGUGGAAAGUACAGAUUAACUGUAAAGGUCUCUACUUUCAAACAGAUCUAAAUUUUUACACAAUUCUGAACAGAUUUUCAUAAAGUUUAUACAAAGGUCAAAUAACAGAAUGUCUCAGAUGAGUUCAUAAUUCAGGGUUUCCAAGGUCAAGGCCAAGGUCACUGAUGCUAUUUAUAUGUCAAUAUCUGGUAUUUUGUCAACAGAUUCAUUAUAGCCAAUUUAAUGACUUUAAUGUCAUACAGCAUUUUUAGUUAACAAUGUAAACUUUAAAAACUGAGCAAAUUUUAGAUCAAUACACAUAUUUGUUGACAAAUUCAAGUUUACUUAACUGUAUUUUUGGCAUUCCUUCAUGUCAGGUAAAUCUGAGGAUGAUUGUGCAGUAGAUGAAUAAAGCUAUUUCACAUCUGACCAUAGCAAACACAAGUACAGUAAAAAUUAAACAAUACAGAAAAUAACUACAUACAUGUUUUGUUGAACAAAAAUUAAGACUGUGUGAUAGUUAGUUUUAAUUAGUUUCAUUAAAGUCUUAAAAAAACUUGCAUGCUAUUUUUUUUGUUAAAUUCUCAAGAUAUUGAUCCCACAGAUUUAUGUUAAUAAAGACCUUUACAGUAAUCAUAUGUAAACUGCUGUCAAUGAUUUGGAGUACAUUUAGAGUUGUUAACUGUCAAUGGUCCGGAGUAUAGUUGGAGUUGUUAACUGUCAAUGGUCCAUAGUACAGUUGGAGUUUUUAACUGUCAAUGGUCCAUAGUACAGUUGGAGUUUUUAACUGUCAAUGGUCCAUAGUGCAGUUGGAGUUGUUUACUGUCAAUGGUCCAUAGUACAGUUAGAGUUGUUUACUGUCAAUGGUCCAUAGUACAGUUGGAGUUGUUAACUGUCAAAGGUCCAUAGUAGAGUUGGAGUUGUUUACUGUCAAAGGUCCGUAGUACAGUUGGAGUUGUUAACUGUCAAUGGUCCAUAGUACAGUUCGAGUGUUUAACUGUCAAUGGUCCAUAGUACAGUUGGAGUUGCUUACUGUCAAUGGUCCAUAGUACAGUUGGAGUUGCUUACUGUCAAUGGUCCAUAGUACAGUUGGAGUUGUUAGCUGUCAAAGGUCCAUAGUACAGUUGGAGUUGUUAACUGUCAAAGGUCGAAGUACAGUUAGAGUUGUUAACUGUCAAAGGUCCAUAGUACAGUUGGAGUUGUUUACUGUCAAAGGUCCGAAGUACAGUUGGAGUUGUUAACUGUCAAUGGUCCAUAGUACAGUUGGAGUUGUUUACUGUCAAAGGUCCGGAAUACAGUUGGAGUUGUUAACUGUCAAAAGUCUGAAGUACAGUUGGAAUUGUUUAGUGUCAGAGUAAAUUGGCAGUAGCUGACCAGAGCGUGUGACAAUCUGUGUCAAUAAACAUUACACAAUGACCGCCCAAUCCUUUAAACAGCGGUAAAUAAAGGGCAACUAUUUUGUAUAUGGAUAAAAAUAAUCUUAAAAGUUUUCAACAUUUGCUGGUUGUAAAAAGCAUUGUGAUUGGUUUAUAGUAGAACUGGCCUGAAAGAUUGAGCGAGUUUACCUGCCUUGUUGCUGCAAUUAAUAGCUGUUACAUUACCACACAUAAAGCGUCCUUUGUUUUAUUGAAGUACAAGUAUAGUGCUGUUCUAGCAAAGGCAACAGAUUGAAAUCCUUAGGAAUGAAAAGGAGCUUUCAAAGCAAAGAAAAAAUAACACUUUUACCAAAUUAUGAUUCAAAGGAGAAAAUCAAUUUUAAUAUCUAAAUAGAUCUGGUAUUAAUAAGGCAGGCAAGAAUACUUUGAGUACUGCGUUUGUUGUUUUGAUUAAUGAAAUAGGUUGUUUUGUGUGUGGAAGCACGUUGUUGCAGGCAACACAUUGUUAUUGAGCUGAUGUCUGUAAAAUUAGAAAAUAUUAUAUAUUGUUUGUUAUCUUGACAAAAAUCUUGGAGCUACCAGAGCAGUGGACCUUCCGUCUCUAGUCGUUGUGUAUGUAUGAUGAACCUCCAUUAACCCUGUUUGUUAUUUGUAGCUAUAGCCAUUAUAAAACUACAGUCAACUUUUUGCAAAAUAUUUUAAUAACAAUCAUUGUAAUGUCCAUCUCAUCAACGUUUUUAUACAAAAGCCAUUUUUAUCAAACCAAAAAAAUCUGCUUUUUAUGUAUAAAUUUUAUUUUGAAUGUAUGAUUUUAUUUUAAUUUCUAUGUCUUUAUUUUUGCAAUAUUGAUUAUUUUUGUACAAGUUUUAACUCGUAAAUCCGUCCAUGGUAUAUCUUUCUCCUGUCUUUAUGCCUUUGUUUGCCAGGAUCAUGGUUUGCUAUACUUCUAUUUCUUCCUUUAUCUUAAACUUGUGGCUCAACUUUCAUAACAUGAAAAAAAUCUACAUUUUGAAAACCAUUGCAAAGCAGAUGCUUUGUGAUUUAAAGUAUGAAAUGAGUUGAAAUGUUUAUAUCAAGUAACUUUGUUGAGUAGUUUAAGAAAAUAGAACUAUUUAUUGACAAGAAUAAUUGAGCAUAACUGUAAAGGAAACAAUGAUACAGGUAUAUUUACGUAUGACACGAUGUCGUCACUAUUUGAACUGAAUCCUUUGUAUUAUUGAGUUUGAUAUUUUUACCGAUUGUUUUGCUACAUGUGUUUGCCCUCAUUGUUGUAUAUAUAUUUACAUACCCUGACUGUAUUAAGUGUUAACUGUGAUGUACUAAGGUCCACUGGUAGUAUUCCAUGCUUCACUGACUUACUCCUGUCAGGUACAACACACACCUUACACACACCAGUACAUUGCUAAAUAAAAGUAGUAAUGGUGCUGCCUACUUUUCAAUCAUUCAAUCACAUAAAAACGAUUUCAAUCUGUCAGAGAGACUACCUCUUGUAGGUGUUCCUUCCUCUCCAGAGAACCACCGUUUAAAGCAGUUUACAAUAUAAGUGGUGUCUCCAUACAUUGUUGGCUAUCAUUACUAAUAUAGUUUGGCUACAAAUACCACCUUUUGGCUAUCAUUACUAAUAUAGUUUGGCUAUAAAUACCACCUUUUGGCUGUAAAUUCAAUUGUCUUUUGCUUAAAUCAAAUGAUGGCAGAUUUCACAUCAAACUUUUGGCGUCUCUUCUACAAAAAAACAUCCAAUUCGUUCUUGAUUUGAGCUUGUUUCAAUUUUAAGGCAAUUUGAUAGAUAGCUCAUCGAUAAAAACAUCAUAGAAAUUAAGUAAUUGUAAACAUUUACAGCAGUAUGUAAUACUUGUGUAAAAUCUUUGGAGGCAGUGUUGAUAAUAUUUAGUAACGCGCGUAUGCAUCAGGUGUGUUGUACCUACAGAGUAACGGCCCCAGUGUAUACAGGUGUGGCUGACACAGAUUGGCUCAGAUCCACCGCGUCUCACACAGGCUGUCCAGGGGCUUCCUUCUUAUUGGCUAAUGUCUCGCUAACCCCAACUCCCGGGUUCAACUCAUAUCUCUUAACAUCAAGCAAAGAAAGAUAGACCACACUUUUUUCCGAUAUACCGACAUGCGUGGAUUUGCAUCUGCAGUUAUGGCUUACAUCAAUCAGAAUCAAUAGAAGACCCCUCCUGUCAAGCUACAAAACAAGUGCUUUCACCAGUUUAACGGCAGGCUAUAGGUGUGUGUAUUUAUUUCCUUAACAAACACGAUCUAUGGUAAAAGCACAGUUUCUAAUGUAGGAAACAACAUUUUUUUCUAAAAGACGAGACAAAAUAUGGAUCAUUUACAAAAAGUAUAUCAUCUGGUUAGUAUUGUGUUAAAUUAGCCAAUUAGAAUUAAGCCUGAAGCAGCCAAUGAAAUGUUAUCUAUCACAUAAUAGUAGAUUAAUAUGCAAAUGUUGAAUAUGACUUUAAUCAAAAUGUACACUAUAUACCCGCCCUUGUUUGUGUUGACCUGUUGCUUUAUAUACUUUGUAAGCCUACCAAUUCUGAUCAACUUACAUCAUAUUAUAUACCCCCUUUUUUUUUUUUACAAAGUACACAUUUUUGUGUUACAAUUAAAGUUAUAUUAAAAAUUCGCUCAAAGUAAUGAUGUACCGAUUAUAUUUUUAUCUAAAGUUUACGGCACUGAAGUUUUAUUAAAUCUCAUUCUGUAUUAUGUAAAAAGUUGUCUGACCACUGGAACACGGAGAUUAGCUUGAGUAGUUAAGUGGAUUUAUAUCUUACACUACUUUUUUUUAAUAUGAACAUUAAAAAUUGUUAAGUUGUAAAUUAUAUGGCAUUACUAAUCUCUGUUGAUGAAGGCUACUAAGGCCAGAGAAUCGGUACUAGCAGAGAUUUUAGUAAAGUGUUGUAAAGACAUUCGGUACUAAGGCCAGAGAAUCGGUACUAGCAGAGGUUUUAGUAAAGUGUUGUAAAGACAUUCGGUUGUGACGUUUCAUAGUUGAAAUGCUGUUAAAUGAUAAUAACAGACAAUUUUAUCCGUUUUCUUUCUGGGUUUUUUUUGUAACCAGUGAACAGGUUUCACAUUAGAAAAAUUUGAUCAAUUUAUUUUACAUGAAUUUUUUUCUUCUCAAAUACUUAUUAUUUCAAGAUGUGUUCACAGUAAGGUAUGAAGCAUCACUAAUACUGUAGAAAUUUGGAUUACUUGUAGCCACUUAUAACAGUUGGUUUGAUUGGUACGGGGGGAGCUACACUGGAUUAUACGUUAUAUACCAACUCAACAAGUUAUCACAGAAAUUAUCAUAUCCAGUAGUUCAGUAAUAUAGAUCUUUAAAACCUUCAAUCAUAUCCCUCAUUUCUUGUCCUUAUCAGCUUCAUUUAAAUUGUUUUAAACUUUCAAAACUGAUAAAAUUGAUCAAGCUACUUUUACAUCAUGAUUUUAUUUGUCAACGAGUUUCUGAUUAAAAAUCUUUGUACAACCAAAGUAAUUAUUUAAGUAAGCAAAGGUGUUUUAAAAAUAGUUGAAAUCUAGUAUUUUUGUGUUGUGUGAAAAAGUAAAUGCAUGACUAUGCAAUGGAAACCUGGAAUACAGGCUAAACAUAUUUGCCGUCCAUGACUCGAGGCAAUUCUUACAACUCCUCUACCUACAGGAAGUGGUAGGAACAAUGCAAGUUAUAUCACAAUUAUCACUUAAAAUCUUGAUUUGUCCCUUGGGAUAGUUGUUGGUCUUGGUUGGGGAUGAAAAGUAAGAGUUCCAUACGAUGUUAAACUGUCUGCUCACUUUAUACAAUGAAGAUCUGCAGUAAACAUGUACUGCUGAUGAAGCUGGGAGAGGACUUGUAAGAAUUGUUAAGGUAUUUUAUUAAGUAAUAUUUGACUGUGAUCACACAUAUUUAUACUGCUUAGUAGAUGUAGAGAACAUCAGACGUCCACUGUAGGGGAGUCUGGUGUUUCAACCCAAGGCAGUUUAGGCCGAAAGUGUCCCUCUAUGAAACAGUUAUUUCACAUCAUUGUUGACAACUUGUGAUUUAUUGCUAUUUUGGAUGCAGUUCAGUGUUAUAAAGAAAUGUAUCCCAGUUGUACAUUGUGACGAUAUUAAUCAGCAUGUUUUUUUUUUAAAUAGUUGCAUCAAUUAUUCUGCUUUUCAUAGUUGGUAAAGUGACAUGCAAGCCAGGAAGAUCAUGCUUCAAUAGAGUACACAAGUAGCUGAACAUUUAAUUGAGUUAAAUAUUACUGGGCUAUGGAGCAAUGUCUAAUUGGGAUGCAUUUCUUGUGUAUUAAACAUAUUGCUGUCUCAGAAAUCAAACAAAUUAAAAACAUGUAAAUAUCGUCAACGUGAAAUGACGGAUUUCAAUUACAGAAUACUGUAUAAGGGCAGGUCUGCAUCAUUAUAAGAUCUGAAGAGUCCAUCAUUAUGAUAAAGUAAUAAAAUAUCUCCACAAAGU